AGUUUUAAAUUGAUUCUUAACGACAGCAGUACAUACAUAGAGUAACAAUAAAUGGCCCACAGUUGGGUCUUCUUCCUUGGAGCAUUGCUCUGCCUGGGCUGCAGCCAGGUGACUCUGGCUGAGGUGGGCAAACUGGUCUGCUACUAUGAUGCGGCAAGCUUUGUGCGUGAAGGUCCUGCACAACUUUCACUGCCUGAGCUGGAGCCAGCUUUGAGUUUUUGCAACUACUUGAUCUAUGGCUAUGCGGGCAUCGAUGCCUCGAACUAUAAACUCAAGAGUCUGCAUCCAGAGCUUACCUACAAUCGCCAGCAUUAUAACCAGAUAACAGCACUGCGUAAGAAGUACGCGCAUUUGCGCAUCUUGCUCUCCGUUGGCGGCGAUCGGGAUAUUAAUGAAUUUGGCGAGCCGGACAAUGGCAAAUAUCUCAGCUUGCUGGAGCAACCGGAGCAUAGGAACAACUUCAAGGCCAGCGUGAGUGCUGAGCUCAGUCAAUAUGGCUUCGAUGGCAUCGAUUUGGCUUGGCAAUUCCCCAAGCUGCGUCCCAAGAAGCAGCAGGGCGCCUUCAGACGCGCCUGGUCAUCGUUCAAGGGUCUGUUCAGCAGCGACACCAUCGAUGCCAAGGCCGAGGAGCACAAGACGCAGUUCGCCGCCUUGGUGCGAGAGCUGCGAGUGGAGUUGCAACGCAAUGGCAAACAAUUGUCGCUCAGCAUGCUGCCACAUGUGGAUCCACAGCUUUUCAUUGAUAUUCCCUCUGUGAUGCCGUACGUGGACUUUGUUAACCUGGGCACCUAUGACUUCCAUACGCCACAGCGUGAUCCCAAGCAAGCGGAUGUGGUAGCUCCGCUUCACGAGAUGCCCGAACGCGAUCUCACCCACAAUGUGGCUCAUCAAGUGGAGUAUUGGCUGAACAGCACGGCCAAUGCACAGCAGCUAAACAUUGGCAUCGCCAGCUAUGGUCGCGCCUGGCGCAUGAGCCGCGACUCGGGUCUCACGGGUUAUCCUCCGGUGCCGGAUACUGAGGGUGCCGCUGAUGGGGGCAAGCAUACACUCAUUCCGGGUCUGCUCAGCUGGCCCGAGAUCUGUGAGCAACUGCAGCUUCAUCUUGGUCAGGGCAAGGAUAAGAAUAACGAGCAUUUGCGCAAAGUUGGCGAUCCAACGAAACGCUUUGGCAUCUAUGCCUAUCGCUCGGCUGGCGAUAAUGGCGAACCAGGUCUCUGGGUGGGCUAUGAGGAUCCCACUUCGGCGGCCAUUAAGGCGAGCUACUCGCAAGCCAGGCGCUUGGGUGGUGUUGCUUUCCAUGAUCUGUCGCUGGACGAUUUUCGCGGUCAAUGCGCUGGCGAAAAGUAUCCAAUACUGCGCAGCAUAAAGUUCAAGUUGUAAAAUGAAAUUAGUUAUGGAAUAAAGUGAAACAUUUUGUAUAUUCAUAUUA